AUGCCUUUAACAAGUGCUUUGCCUGUUGGUGGAUCGAAGGAGCGGAUUGUGAUAUCCGGAAUUUCAGGACGAUUUCCGCAGUCGGACAAUGUGGCGCAUUUCAGUAGGAAUUUGUUCGAGCGGCGGGAUUUGGUGGACGAUCGGGAGAUUCGGUGGCAGCACGCGAUGGCCGAUAUGCCGACGCGUACCGGAAAAGUGAACAAUUUGGACAAGUUUGAUCGGGAGUUUUUUGGAUUUGGGCGUCGGCAGCAGGAUACGAUGGAUCCGCAACAACGGAUUCUGCUGGAGCACGUUUACGAAGCGAUUCUGGAUGCAGGCGUUAAUCCGGAAACGAUUCGCGGUUCACGUACCGGGGUAUUUUGUGGGAUCUGUUUUUCGGAAUCGGAGAAGCGGAUGGUGUUCGAUACCUGUCCUCCGAAUGGUUAUGGGGUGUUGGGGUGUGCCAAGUCGCAGAUAUCUAACCGCAUUUCGUACGCGUUUGACCUUAAGGGGCCAAAUUUCACGCUUGAUUCGGCUUGCAGCAGUUCGAUGUACGCUAUGGAUAUGGCCUACAAGAGUUUGGUGAAUGGUGUUUGUGAUGCGGCUAUUGUAAUGGGUUCUAAUCUGGUGUUGCAUCCGUACACUUCGUAUCAGUUCGCAUUACUCGGGGUGCUAGCGAAGAAUGGGUAUUGCAGACCUUUUGAUAAAGAUGCUACGGGAUACUCUCGAUCGGAAGCGAUUUGUGCGGUAUUUUUGCAGAAAGCUAAAAACGCGAAGCGUAAUUAUUGUGACGUGGUUCAUACGAAGACGAAUUGCGAUGGAUUUAAGCCGGAAGGAAUAACAUUUCCAUCGGGUGCAGUUCAACAGAAGCUUUUGCAGGAAUUCUACUCGGAAAUAGGAAUACGCCCUGCCGACGUGGACUACGUUGAAGCGCACAGUACCGGUACUUUUGUGGGUGACCCAGAAGAAUGUGACGCAAUCGACAAGGUGUAUUGCAAGGAUCGUGAAGGUGCUCUUCUAGUAGGAUCAGUAAAGUCAAGCAUUGGACACUCUGAAGCAGCUGCUGGACUUUGUUCGAUCGCUAAGUGUAUUAUUGCCAUGGAGAGUGGAAUAAUUCCUCCAAACAUCAACUUCGCGGAGAAUAGACCAACUAUUCCAUCGCUGGUAGAAGGGCGAUUGAAGGUGGUCAACCAGGAAACUCCCUUGAGUGGACCCCUGUUGGCUAUCAAUUCGUUUGGUUUUGGUGGAGCUAAUGCUCACUCGCUCUUGUGCCGCAAUCUGCAGGAAAAGAAAAACUUUGGUGUUCCGGAGGAUGAUCUACCUCGAUUGGCUGUGUGGUCCGGAAGAACGAGAGAAGCUGUCGAUACUAUGCUACGAGAUAUCAGUCAACAUCCUCUGGAUGUAGAAUUUCUGGCUUUGACUUACAACAUUCAACGGCAGGAAAUUCCAGGUCAUCGGUACCGUGGAUUCGGUAUUUACCGCAAGAACGCCGAUAGUCCAGCGAUUUUUGUAGAUCAUGGUAUUGAACGUAUUAAGUUGGAUACCAAACCUGUUGUGGCGAUUUUCGGUGGAAUAAAUACCAAUUGGAAGCAGGACCUCAAUGAGCUAAGAAAAUUUGCACAGGUGGAAUCAACUUUCCUCAAAUGUAAUCAAUUUCUGCAAACAUUCCAGUUUGAUCUUAUGGUCAAACCUGCUGACCAAGACUGCAUUCUGUACAGCAUGGUUGGCACCACUGUUUUGCAGCUGGCCGUUGUUGACUUACUUCAAUCAAUUGGAGUAGAACUGGAUUACUUCGCAGGUCACUCGGUAGGGCAGUUCACUUGUGCUUACCUCGAUCAUUGUGUUACGUACGAACAAGUUCUGAAGCUUGCCCUCUGGCAUGGAUGUUUAUAUUCUCAGUGCAAGGUUGAAAGCUGUAAAACAGCUUUCGUGAAGCUUAACAACACCCGCCUGAGACCCUUGGUGGCAGACAAUCUUCACAAGAGUGAAGAUAACUCGUUUGGAGUUCUCAGCGGGACAAAGGAAUCAAUCAUUGACCAAACUCGCCAACUGAAAUUUACCGGAUUCACCCUAGAAGACCUUCCGUUCAUUAGUCUUAAAUGUGCUUCCGAAAGUGAAGCCCUGGAUAACAAACUUCAUCAGAUUGUCAACACGGUAACACCAUCGGCUAUCCAACCAACCACGAGGUGGUUGACUUCAACUCUUUUGAACGCAUCCCGUGUCUUCGAAACGUUCAACAUGCACAGCACCAGCUCGGUCGUUAACCUUUUGAGCAGAAUACCGAGUCACUCAGUCGUUCUGGACAUCGAUGGAAACCAAUGUACGGAAAAUACUUUGAACAUCUUAAAUCGGAAACCAACUUACAUCUCCCAUAACCUUGUCCAUGAAGAUAUGGCUACUCGAUUACUCAACAAAAUUGGAUUUCUCUACUGCAACAUGCAGAACCUGGAAAUCGCGAAACUGUACCCAUCGGUCCCGUUUCCGGUAUCCCGUGGAACCCGUAUGAUCGCUCCUCUGAUCCGCUGGGAUCACCAGGAGCCGGCGUUCGUGGCCAAGUACGGUUGGGGUGAGGCAAACGCUUCCGGUUCGCAGAUCUACAAAAUUUCCCUCCUCGAUCAGGACUAUAAGUACAUCGUGGGGCACUGUAUCGAUGGGCGUAUUCUGUUUCCGGCCACCGGGUAUCUGCAUCUGGUUUGGGAGUGCGUGGCUACGUUAGCUCAUCGCACGUUGGACGAUUAUCCGAUAGCGUUUGAGGAUGUGCAAUUUUUGAGGGCGACCUCGAUAACGCACUCACAAGUGGUAGUGUUCACGGUGAUGAUUCAGGAAGCUUCCGGGUAUUUUGAGAUUCUGGAAGGUGAAACCGUUGUUGUAACCGGUUACGUUAAGAGUUUACCCAGCGAUUACCAAACCCCGGUCCUUGAGGAAUCACCCAGUUCAGCCGUCACGGUAGGAGCCAAAGACUUCUACAAAGAACUCCGUCUUCGAGGGUACCUCUACACGGGACUGUUUAAAUCAGUCUCGGAAACUCGCGUCGAUGGAACCCUGGGUAAAAUCCAAUGGAAAAACAACUGGGUUGCCUUCCUGGAUUGUCUUCUCCAAACUGGAAUCAUUGCUAUGGAUACAAGAUCGCUACUGGUUCCAACGGCCAUCGAUCGACUUACGAUCGUACCCCGAGCUCAUAGCAACUGUGUGGAAACGGAUGCCGAAGGUCGUGAGUUCUUCACCGUUCAAAGCUGCUCGAAGCUGAACAUGACCGUCUGUGGAGGCGUUUCGCUGUCCAAUCUUCAAGUGAGCGGAAUCUUGAGACGGAACCCACCCGGAGUACCGGUCCUUGAGAGCUACAACUUCGUGCCGUAUCAUUUGAAGAAUUCGGUUUCGUCUGGGGAGGCUAUCCGAAUGUGUGUUCAACUGGCGUUGGAGAAUGUUUCGACAAGGUUGGUGAGUGUCGUUGAAGUUCACAGUGGGAAGCUAGCGCCGAUUGUGGCCUCGUUCGGGGAUGCUGUAUCGGAUCUACCGCUGAUACAAUCGUCUUUGACGUUGCUUACAGUCGAGGAGUUUAAGCUGAACGAUGUUAGCGUGAAGAACGAGACAUUACAGGACCAGUCGAACGUACUGAUUGUGAUUGCUGGUGAAGAGAAGUUGACGGAUCAACGGUUCUUGCUUGGGCUGGACAACUGUUUGGAUCCCAAUGGAUUUUUGUUGGUCCGUAGGAAGACUGGUUUAUCGAGUGGAUUUCUUCAAGCACCGGAUCAGUUUGUUCAUGUCGCAACAUUUUCGACGGAGCAGGACGAAAGCUUGAAUCUUUUGCAAAGACAAACCAAGCUGGUUGAGGAAAGUGUAGCGAUUAAAGUCGAUACCAAUGACCUACGUUGGUUGGAAGAUUUGAAGGAAGCUGUUCGUACCAAGUCGGUCGUUUUGUAUUCCCAGAACGACCCUUCUUCCGGAGUGAUUGGUUUGGUAAAUUGUAUCAGGAAGGAGCCAAAGCUGCAGAACGUUCGAUGUGUAUUGAUAGAUGACCAGGAGGCUCCCCCGUUCAAGAUUGAUGAUCCCUUCUACGUUAAGCAGCUGAAAUUGGGCUUGGCAAUUAACGUACUUCGAAAUGGCGAAUGGGGAAGCUACCGUCAUGCUUUACUGUCAAAAACGGUGAAAACCGGCUCAGUUACGGAUCACUGCUAUGCUAACUGUCUAGCUAAGGGAGACCUAUCAUCGAUGACCUGGUUUUCCGGAGCGUUGAACGAAGUUGGACAAACACCUAACAAAGUUCGGGUGUCGUAUAGUGCGUUGAACUUUCGAGAUGUUAUGAUCGCAACUGGUCGACUGGCUUCGAACAUUUUGUGUAUGGAUAGGCUGCAGGAAGAAUGCGAACUUGGAUAUGAGUUCGCAGGGAUCAUGGAAGGUGGGAGACGAGUAAUGGGUGUCAUGGGUUCUUCUGCGUUGGCAACUUUGGUUCAGUGUGAUCCCGAUUUGAUCUGGGAUAUUCCGGACGGCUGGAGUAUGAAGGAAGCAGUGACGGUUCCCAUCGUCUAUGGAACGGUUUGCUUGGCAUAUUUCCACCAUGCUAAGAUUCAUAAGGGCAAAUCGGUUCUGAUUCACGCCGGUAGUGGAGGCAUAGGUAUUGCAGCAAUUCACGUGGCUCUCGAGAAGGGUUUGGAGGUAUUUACCACGGUUAGCACCAAGGAGAAGAAGGCUUACCUGUUGGAGAUGUUCCCUAGCUUGGAGGCGGAUAACAUUGGUAGCUCGCGUGAUACCUCGUUUGAGCAGAUGAUCAAAACGAGAACCGGUGGCAGUGGAGUGGAUUACGUAUUGAACUCUCUGUCCGAAGAGAAACUCCAGGCGUCGAUACGUUGUUUGGCUCCGGGAGGACAUUUCUUGGAAAUUGGAAAGUACGACAUGUCGAAGAACUCUAAGUUGGCACUCGAGCUAUUCAAAAAGGGUCUGACGUUUACCAGUGUCAUGUUGGAUGCCAUUUUCAAUGAAACACGUGAGAAGAAGCAGCAAUUCCAAAGUUAUCUCGAUGGCGUUUUGAAAUCCGGACUUGUGCGACCGUUGCGAACGACUGUAUUCGAGGCUAGUGAGCUGGAGAAAGCGAUUCGAUUCCUGGCCACGGGAAAGCAUAUCGGGAAGGUGGUGUUGAAAAUACGGGAGCAUGAGCAGGAUCUGGCAACACUUCCGCUAACGUACGUUCCGAGGGUGUACUGUAAUCCGGAGGAUGUGUACGUCAUUGUCGGAGGCCUCGGUGGAUUCGGACUGGAGCUGGCCGAUUGGAUGGUACUUCGAGGAUGUCGGAAGCUUGUUUUGAGCUCUAGCAGGGGCAUCACUAAUCGUUACCAGGAGUAUCGAAUCGAAACAUGGAAAAAAUAUGGUGUCCAGACGGAGGUUUGCCAGGCCAACAUAACCACCGAAAGCGGAUGUUACGAUCUUCUCGAGAGGGCCUGCAAACUUGGUCCGGUUGCAGGCAUUUACAACUUGGCUGUACAACUACGCGACUCUAUUUUGGACAAUCAAACUGCAGAGAAGUUCAUCGAGAGUUUGGCUCCCAAGGCGAAGGCUACCGAAUACUUGGAUCAGGCUAGCAGGGAGCUUUGUCCCCAGCUUAAGCACUUCGUAGUUUUCUCGAGUGUAUCCUGCGGUCGCGGUAAUGCAGGUCAAAGCAACUAUGGCAUGGCGAACUCCGUGAUGGAAAGGAUCAUCGAGAGAAGACAUUCGGAGGGACUGCCAGGCAAAGCUAUCCAAUGGGGAGCGAUCGGUGAUGUGGGUCUUGUAGCUGAUCUAGCUGAGGACAAAAUCGAUUUAGAAAUAGGUGGAACCUUGCAACAGCGCAUCUCAUCCUGUCUUCAAGAAUUAGAUCAGCUACUCACCUGUAAACAUCCGGUAGUUGCGAGUAUGGUUGUAGCUGAGAAGCGUCUAGGAAGUGACAUGAACUUGAUCGACUCCGUCAUGACGAUCAUGAACAUAAGGGAGCGGAAGCUCAUUUCCAUGGAAAGUACGUUGGCCGAUAUUGGAAUGGACUCGUUGAUGGCGGUUGAGAUCAAACAAGUAUUGGAGCGGGACUUUGAUCUGGUUCUGUCCCCUCUAGAGCUCAGAACUCUGACCUUCUCCAAGUUGACAGUUUUGGCUGAAACGAAGAAGCAUGAGGUACCUUCUCGUGAAGAGAAUGACGUUGAAGCAAAGGCAAUAGGAAUGGAACUACUUAUUCGGAAUUUAGGCAACGAAAGCACUAGCAGUUCAACGCUUCUCAGACUACCUUCAUCCCAAAAUACAGGUCGACCAGUAUUGCUAAUCCCCGGCUUGGAAGGAGUUGCUGGCAAUAUCUGGCACAAACUUGCGAAACACAUCAACGCUCCCGUGUGCAUUCUUCAACUUACCAACACUUAUGAAAACAACUCAAUUGCAGAAAUCGUCGAUACCAUCUUCCCGGAACUUUUUGACACACUUUUCUACGAGUUUGACAACUUCGCCUUCGUUGGGUACUCAUUUGGAACUCUCAUCGCCAUGGAACUCACGAAGCGGCUAACCGAGAAAGGAAUGCAUGGAACACUUUUAUUAGUAGAUGGUGCUCCCAAAUUCUUGCAAACACUAGCUUUGCAAUCACUCAACGGAAUCACCACCGAUGAUCAAAUCGAGAAAGUUCUUAUCGCCAACAUGAUCAAAGUAUUGUUCCCGAAGCUCUCGACUGAUAAGCUUAACCCAAUCCUUGAAGUUCCGCAAUUUGAGCAACGGUUAGAAAAACUGUUGGAAUUGUUUCAACAGCAGUCCGAAUACUCCAUUGAAUACAUGCGAAAGAUGACCAUCGGAUUGAUCAAACGAUUAAAAAUGGUAGCUCUGUUGAACUUAGCAGACUUCCAGGGACUCAACAUUCCGGUAUCGCUGGUUCGACCUACGCAGAAGACCUGUUCCGACAUUGAAGAUGAUUACGGUCUGGCGGAUUGUGGAACCGAGGAGAUCAUUACGUUUAUGGUCGAAGGGUCCCACAUGACGAUGUUGGAAAAUCCGGCGUUGGUUGAUGUUAUCAAUAAUGUGCUUCAAGUUUAG